CACGGCAAAGAAGAAGAAGAGAUAACACUUAACAGAGAGAGAGAUUUUAGCUAAACUAAAUCAAUGGCGGCGAUGAUAGUAAAGGCUGGACUUUUCGCCGCCCUUCCUCUCCGUGGUCAACUCCCUCGUUGCUUCUCCUCUUCAUUGAAAACAACGACUACGGUAGUGGCAGUUUCUCGAUCUCUUGGAAUCUCUGCCGUUAAUAACCAUCACCGUCGAAGCUCCUGGCCUCGAGUUACUACUUUCUGCACGGCAGCGACGACGGUUUCAGCGGAUGAACCGGAGAAGAAGAUCGAGUCUGUUGAGGAGGAGGUGGAGGAGAAUGUGAAGGAGACGGCGAAUCUGUUAGACAUAAGAGUAGGAAGAAUUGUGAAAGCUUGGCAACACGAGGAGGCUGAUUCUCUCUAUGUUGAAGAAGUCGAUAUAGGUGAAGCUGAGCCGAGAAUCAUCUGCAGUGGUCUCGUCAAAUACGUCCCUCUCGAUCUCCUUCAGGGUGCAUCAGUUGUGGUGUUGGCUAAUCUGAAGCCAAGAAACAUGAGAGGAGUCAAGUCAUGUGGGAUGCUUCUCUGUGCUUCCGACUCAUCCCAUGAGAAUGUUGAGCCUCUGGUUCCACCACAAGGGUCUGUUCCUGGGGAUAGAGUUUGGUUUGGUAAUGAAGAAGAUCUUGAGCAGCUUCCUGAGCCUGCACCUCCUAACAAGGUUCAGAAGAAGAAGAUGUGGGAAGCGGUUCAACCGCUGUUGAAGACUGAUGAUUCUGGUGUUUCGAUGCUUAAGGAGCAUUUGAUGCGGUCAUCUUCUGGUCUUGUUACUUCCAACACUUUGAAAAAUGCCAACAUUUCUUGAUUUACUGUAUUUGUUUUCAGAGAGAGAUUGAGAGAGAUAAAGAACAAGCCACCAGAGCCGAAUUUUUUUAUUGCAAUGAAACUGAUGUUUUUCUU